AUGGUAGAGGAAUUCGAAGAUGUUUCAAUUCUUGUGCCCGGGGAUAUAAUCAGUAUAAAACUUGUUGAUAUCAUUCCUGCUGAUGCUCGCUUGCUCGACAGAGAUCCUUUGAAAAUUGACCCGUCGGCUCUGACUGGUGAGUCAAUUCAAUUUUUCAGGUCUGACUAUGAAUUUGCAAUUAAAGGUGGAAUGGCGGGGUUUAAAGGACAAAUUUCUACUGUCACAAUUCUUGGCAUUAUGUUGAUAAAGGGAUUGGUUCGAAUAGAAGAUCAAUGGGAUAGUUACAAUUCUAAUCAGGCUUUAGGAAGCAGAGCAGACCUGCAUUCUCACUACCUUGAUAGAGAAGAAAUGGAACAACCAGAAAAAAGAUUGCAUAAUUUGAGGAGAUGUAGGAAUUCAAAGAGAAAAAGCAUUUCUCAAGUUGAAUCAGAUUUGUCAGAAAAAGGCUUUUGUAUGUAUUAUAAAAAUUGGGUCUUCCAUGGGGAACCAUUUUCUGCACACUCUUAUAUGUCAAGUGGAAAGAACAAUAACCUUGAUGAGAAUGGUGUUGCAGGUGAGAUAGAUUUCCUCAAUGAAGCUGUAUAUAAUGACUUUGAUAUGAAUGAAAAUGGUGAAUCUCAUGAGUUACCUGAUUUAUUGGAUGAGAUAAGAAAUGCACAUGAAUCAGGGACAUCGAGUGAAUGUGAUUCAAAAAAUUUUGACAAAUUGUUAAAUGAUGCACAAAGAGAACUUUACCCGGGAUGCAAAAAGUACUCCCUGCUGCGUUUCAUUGUUUCCUUUCUCCAUAUCAAAGUGAUGAACCAUGUGACUAACAAGGCAUUUGACAUGAUGCUGGAAUUUUUAAAAGAUGUGUUACCAGAAGGAGAAAUACUUCCCUCCAGUUUUUAUGGGGCCAUGAAAAUUCUAUUUGGUAUAGGUUUGGGGUAUCAAAAAAUUGAUGUCUGCAAAUUUGAUUGUUCAUUAUUUUGGAAAGAAAAUGAAAAGAUGGACAAGUGUCCUGUUUGUAAAGAAUCACGAUGGAAAGUCAAUAAUGGCAAGAAAAAGAAAGUUUCACAAAAGAUGAUGUGGUACUUUCCAUUAAAAGCUAGGCUGCAAAGACUUUUUAUGUCUUCUAAAACUACUGAAGACAUGAGAUGGCAUGAGGAGAAACGGGUUAAAGAGGAAGGUAUCAUGAGACAUCCGGCUGAUUCUACUGCUUGGAAGGAUUUUGAUAAGCAAUAUCCUGAUUUUGCUAAAGAUUCUCGAAAUGUAAGACUUGGAUUGGCCACAGACGGAUUCAAUCCAUUUGGUAACAUGAGCAACUCAUAUAGCAUGUGGCCAGUUAUUCUUGUACCUUACAAUUUGCCUGCAUAUAAAUUUAUGAGAAAGGAAUAUCUUAUGUUAUCACUUCUUAUUCCUGGUCCACGUGCCCCUGGAAAGGAGUUAGAUGUGUUCUUAAGGCCAGUAAUAGAUGAUUUGAAAGAUUUAUUUCAUGGGAUCAGCACUUAUGAUGCAUAUAGUGGACAAAACUUUCAAAUGCGUGCAGCAAUUUUAUGGACUAUAUCAAAUUUCCCUGCAUAUGGCUAUUUGUCUGGAUGGAGCACCAGUGGGUAUAAAGCAUGUCCAUGUUGUCUUAAUGAUGCUGCUUCACAAAGACUAAGAGGCAAAAUAUGUUUCAUGGGACAUCGUCGUUUUUUGAACCAUGACCACCCUUGGCGAAAGCAAAAAGCUCAAUUUGAUGGAACUAUUGAAACACGCUCCAAGCCAAAGGAAUUUUCCGGAGAACAUGUUUUAAGACAUUUAAAUUGGUUGGCUGGUAUCUUUGGUGAGUUUGGUAAGAAUCCAGUUACUUGGAAAAAAGGAGUUGAUAAAAUUUAG